CCGCGAUGCGCAGUGGAUAAACCCCAUCACGAUGACUUCUCCUCUCACGCGCCGCACUAUGUGAAUAGAGGUCGCGGAUCAGAACAGGAGAUCGUCAACGGGGAAACCCUCUGGAGCGUCUUUUUGAGCCGUCUUGAGAUUCGGACCUGUGGCUCACCCGGACGCACGCUGUGCGCUCACCCGACCUGCCGCUGGCCGCUCUGCGCUCACCGCCGCUCCAUCAUGUUGCUGUCCAGCUUCCUCAUCCUCACCUCCUCCUACUGCCUGGCGCCUCUGCUGCUCUGCUACCUGCCCGGAGUGUCUGCUCAGAAGCCUGGUCCCAGGUGGCUGAUUGGAGACCGAGACAGUCACUGCGGGGUGAUCUGCUCGCGGACGCAGGGGAAGCCGGUGUGCGGCUCGGACGGGCGGAGCUACGAGACCGGCUGCGAGCUGCAGAGGGCGCGCUGCAAAGACAAGACACUCGCACUGGCACACCGGGGCCGGUGUCGAGGUAAAAACUGGGCCAAAGCAGAUCAGGUCCCGGUGGCUCCAGCACCAACGGCCACAGCCGAGGGGAGAGACUUGGAGCUCAAAGAUGCAGGUCAGCUGAAGUGUCGUGUUGACAGGAACCAGGCUCUGGAACAGGCCCGCCGAUCUCAGGAGUACACCUUCAUCCCAGAAUGCAACGAGGACGGAACGUUCGCUCAGGUCCAGUGCCAUACGCUCACAGGCUACUGCUGGUGUGUCAACAGUGACGGAAAGCCUGUGAGUGGCUCCUCUGUGCACAACAGGACCCCGGUGUGUUCAGGAAACUUCCGUGAAUUUAUGGGAACUCAUGCUGGGACGAGUGGAUUGUCAGGGUCAGUAACCGAUAAACCACCAGUGCCACCAAACUCCGGUCGAAAAGUCUCUUUCCGUUUCUUUCUCACCCUCAACCCAGACGACGGCUCCAAGCCCACGCCCACCAUGGAGACGCACGUCCCUCCCGAGGGCGACGAGAUCACCGCUCCAACACUGUGGAUCAAGCAGCUGGUCUACAAGGAGAGUAAACAGAACAGCUCCACCACCAGGAAGCAAGAGAAAGUUCCCUCUUGUGACCAGGAGAGACAGACUGCUUUGGAAGACGCCCGGCAGAAUCCUCGUGAGGCCAUUUUCAUCCCCGACUGCGGGCCGGGAGGUCUUUACAAGGCGGUCCAGUGUCACCAGUCCACGGGCUACUGCUGGUGUGUCCUGGUUGACACUGGGCGACCCAUCCCGGGAACCUCCACCAGGUACCAGACGCCCGAGUGCGAGUCUGUGAACCCACGCCCCGACACGGAGAAUCCGUUCCAAGGCCGAGACCUGACAGGCUGCCCAGAGGGGAAGAAAGUGGAAUUCAUUACAAGCUUGUUAGAUGCCCUCACCACAGACAUGGUGCAAGCCAUAAACUCACCAGCCCCCUCUGGUGGCGGGAGGUUUGUGGAGCCGGACCCCAGUCACACUCUGGAGGAGAGGGUGGUGCACUGGUACUUUGCCCAGCUGGAUAACAACGGCAGCCACGACAUCAACAAGAAGGAACAGAAACCUUUCAAGAGGUACCUGAAGAAGAAAGCCAAACCCAAGAAAUGUGCCCGCAAAUUCACCGACUACUGUGACCUGAAUAAGGACAGGGCCAUCUCCCUGCAGGAGCUGAAAGGCUGCCUGGGCGUCAGCAAAGAGGGCAGUUCAACAACAAGUGGCAACCAAGGGACAAGGCAAGGGACAAAUUUGUUCAUAGGUCGUCUGGUGUGAGAAGAGACGGAUCGAGAAGCUGAGGCGAGAGCAGAGGGCACAGAGGGAAGGCAUCUGUACGCCUGCCGACAGGGAAGAGAAAGAUGGAGCAGAAAAAUUACAAAGUUCCUGAGGUUAAAAAAAAGAGGAAAAAGAAGAAAAAACUAGACAACGAAGCGGCGCCAAAAUAUUUGCACUUUCUCCCUUCCUAUGGUUGACAUUUUAUCUGUUUUUAUGUUUACGUUUCCUCUCCUGAAAUGUCUGAAAGUUGUGAAGGGUAAGAAUGAGAAUAUAUUUUUAAAGAGAUGACGGCAGAAGUGAGUGGACGUGGCCACGUCUGUUUCGAUUCUGGCUGGCCUCAGAUCAGAAGAACAUCAAUCUUAAGAUUAAAUCUAUAGAUUUGGACAGUGGAAACUCACAGACGAGACGAGUCACACUCAGCCCGAACAUUGCUCGAUAUGGAGGUCAAAGUGGGAAGUGUCUCCACAGGGGGGCGAUAGAGACGUUUACGGUACAGCAACAGAAAAAGCAGCGUCCAUCCCACUGCUCUGUUUUACAGAACCAGUCAUUUGGUUUUAUUUUAACGUCGAAAUCAAACCGGGGCUCCUCGUGCUCAGACUUAACCACCGCUAGGGAGGGGGCACAGUAACAGAAUAUAAACUGAAAAGACAAACUAAUCAGGACAAAGCAAAAUGAAGCAACAGAAACAAAAUAGUUGCUGAACUGUCAGUUUAUGACACGUGAUUCGUACCCACGAACAACUUAUAGUCGGAAAAUGUGAUAUAUAUGAACAAUACUCUUCCUGUACCACAUCUCAGACGCAGCAUCUGGUUGACAAUUCUAACUUUUUUUUUCUCCAAAAGAAUUAUAUUGAUCGAGAGAUCAAGGCACAACUCCUACAGUCUGAAAGCCCCCCCAGUUCAAAGAAAUGAAUAAUACUAUGUUGAGAAACUGUUUCUCAACACAUUUUCCUUGAUGCCCCUCAGACUUCCUUUAAAACACCUCGUUUACACCACAUUUUCGAGUUAAAACAGAAAACGUUCGUCUAUUGUUGGCCGCCUGUUUACAUUACAACGGCGCUCGGAGCCACUGAAAAUGAAACUUGAUGAAAAUGGCUCCCAGGGUGGAGGUGCAAGGCCGUUUUGAAAACGCUGUGGCUCCACCUCUGUGGAAAAGAGCGGAAAAGGGCAUUUUUCUGAAGCGCUGCUCCUGCACAUGCGCACCGCGCUUGUAGUGAUUAACUCUACACAAGUACAGGAAGGAUUCAUUCAUAGAAAAGAAUGCACUGUGUGCUGUUGAUUCCUGAAUUUAACAGCGUUUCUCCAAUAAAGUUCACAUUUACGACAUCACCGUCUGGAUCACAGGUAGAGACACAAAGAAAUGAAGUUUAAAUAAGCUUUAAUAUUCUCUGCAUGCAGACGUAGGUAGUUUUAAAUGACAUAAAUAGAGCAGCCCCUCGCGGCCUUCCAGGAAGACCGUACAUCAUUUUCAGUGUUUCUACCGCGUAGCUGCAAAACUUUGACAACGAAAAUUCUAAACUUGUGUGUUUUUACUUGAAACGACGAGCAAACGGGGCCUUAUUGUUAUUUUCUUUUAAAAGAGCCUAAAAAAAAUCUGAACUUUACGCAGUUCCGCGUCGUUACAAUGUCCAGAAAAUCUAAAUGCUGAACAGUCACAGUAAAAAGACUGAAAUAGAUGAAGUGGCAUAAGAUGUUUACAUGUAUCUUGUUAAUAUCAGCUCAUUUCAGCUGUCAUGUUCACGUUUAUGCUCGCUUUCAUGAGAAAAAUGUGGCAUUUCCUUAUGCACACUUCGUAAAAUAAAUACUGGAGCCCUCCCUGCAAUAACAUUUGUGUACCUAAAUACAGUGACUGUCCGUCCUCCAACAGCUGAGCUUAGUCUGACACGCAUGCUGGAGAUUUGCCACCUUAUGCAAGACACUGAAGUGGGUGCUUGAAGAAAAAUGUGUCCCAUAAAUAAAAGAAAAAGGCAGAGCUUGGAAGAAAGAGAAGAAUGUCCUUCUGCAUUUGGGAGCAGUUGACUUUGAAAACAGGCAAACGUCAUAUCUUUGCUAUAUGUGUAUUUGUUUUGUGUAAGAGUCAUUGUAAUGGAUCAUGACCAUGAGACAAAAAAAAAGAAUGCUCCUAUUGUAAAUAUGUACAA